AUGAAUAAAUUAUUUUAACUAAUUUUAUCAAUUUUGAUAAUUUUUAAUCGUACUAAAUGCUCAGAUUAUUUAAUUGCAAGAGAAUUAUAGGAUAAUAAUUUUGGUAAUGAUAAAAUUUAAAAUUGGGAUGUCCAUUUUGCUAAAGAUAAUUAAUUAAUUAGUUAAUGCGAAAAAUUAUCGGUUUUUGGAGGAUAUAAUGUGUUUGGAAAAGAUGUUAUUGCAUAAAAAUUAUUUUAUUCUGGGGUAGAUCAUUAUUAAUUAAAAAUUUCUUUUGAUUUAUAUCUCAUAGAUUCAUGGGACAAAGAAAUUUUUUAUAUGUUUCUUGAUGAUAUAUUAGCAUAUUAGAAAACUUCAAAUAUAGGAGAAUCAAAUGGAAAAAUAUAAAUAAAUUGUGGCAACUAAGGAAUAAAUUUCGAAGAUAGAUUAGUUUAAGUAAGUGUUACUAUUCCCCAUUAUAAAAAAUAAUUUAGAAUAAAGUUUGCAAGUAAUUUAGAUGAAAAAUCAAGUAAUAAAUCAUGGGGAAUUAGAAAUUUUGUAAUUAUAGCUUUAUAUUUAAAAGAAAACGAAAAGUAAUUAAUAGAUGAAGAAUUUAUUUCUAAUGGAUAAAAUGAUUAAUAAGAUUUAUUUUAAUAAGCAAGUUCUUGCUUAUGCGGCGUUUUUGAAUACAAUGAUAACGUCCAAUAAAUUAAUGCUUAUUGGGGAUUAAGAGAUUUAAUAAUAAGCUAUUCUUCUGAAUAUGAAAUGCCUUAAGCUUCACCAGCUUUUUCUCCUCUUUCAAAACCUUAUCCUACUGGAUCUUGCAUUUAAAUUUUUACAUAAUGUGGAUUUUAAGGAGAAAAACUUGAUAUUUGUGAAAAUAUUCCUAAUUUAAAAACAAUAGGAUGGCUAUAUCCUGUUAAAUCUGUUUAUAUUCCUAAAGAAAAGUAUUUAAAACUCUAUAAAUAAUCUAAUUAUGAAGGAGAUUUUAUAUAUUUGGAAUAUACUGAUUAAUGUUUGAAUGGAGAAACGUUUAUCCUUAUUAAUAAAGCAUUUCAUAUUGUAAACUAAUAAGAAAUUUAAGGAUAAUAAAAUACAUAUUUGAAAAGACAAAGACACUGA